AUGUCCAUAUAUGAAAUUAACCAUCAUUCCUUCAUUGAUCUCUUGUCUCUGACCAAUUUUGAAUGCAUAGCCUUCGCGCCUCCAAAAUUUCGUCCAGAUAUGGAGUUAAUCAUCAUUCCUUUAUCGAUUUCCCGUCUCCACCUAAGUCCUUCAUUACCCCUCGAAACUCACAAGUUCACAGUCCUUCACAACGACCUGCGACCCUUCUCCGAUCUCCCACACCCGGCGACCCUCCUCCGACCUCCGGCGCCUGCAAAUCUCUCCGAUAGUUGGCGUUUUGGAACUUGUGCCCCUUUCGCACUGGUAAGAUUUUGUUGGUUUGUACAUGCUAAAGUUAUACCUACGAUGACAUCAAAAUCAAAGAGAAAAGAACAAGAGAGGAAUUGGUUGGAGGUCCCAUAUGAUGUAAUGGCUAAUAUUCUACAAAGACUUCUUGAGUAUGUUGCUAGUAGAUCAAGCAAACUAAGACGUCUUGAAAUCUCAUGUUGUUAUGAGGAUCCGUAUGAAAGUUGGAUUGAAGCUUUGAAGAAAUUUCCAUUAUUAGAGGAGCUCAGUAUCUACCUAACGGAUAUCCCAAAAGAAGCUAUUGAAACUUUAGGGCGUUGUUGUCCCAUGUUAAAAACACUGAAACUUAAUGACAACCCAUUGAGAAACCGUGAGUUCCCAAGGGUUGCUAAUGAGAGAGCAAUAGCAAUUGGAGAGAACUUACGUGAGUUAGGUCACCUUGAACUCAUUGGAGACAACAUGUCGAAUAUUGGGUUAGAGGUGAUUCUUGAUAGAUGUUGCCACCUUGAAUCACUUGACUUGCGUACAUGUUUUUACCUUGAUCUUGAGGAGGGAGAUCCAGAUCCAAUUGGGAAAAUAAAAUGUUUGGACAAGAAUAUUGAAUGUGUAAAACUGCCAAAAGAUUCUCUUAGUGGAUACAUAUAUAGGGAGUUUUUAUAUGACUAUGAUGACUGUAUUCAGACUUUCUUCGGGUUUCUUGAUGAUGAUGACGAUUUACCAAACAUGGAGGAGUUGAGGAAGACAUUGGCUUCCCAGUCCAUGCUUGAAUAA